GAUGGUUAUCUAAAACGUUUUUGGGAGAUAGAGGCUGAACCUGAUAGGAUUCAGAAGAGACUUUCUGUGGAAGAGCAAAUGUGUGAAAACCUUUAUGAGGCUACGACUACUAGAAAUGAGAAUGGAAGGUUCAUUGCUACAUUACCAUUUAAAAGUAAGGAUCCAGAAUGUCAGUAUGGACAAUCUAUGGAUAUUGCAAUGAAAAGAUUGGUGUCGUUAGAAAGAAGAUUAUCUAAUAAUUUUUGGUUACGUGAAGAGUAUACAAAAUGAUUGAAGAAUAUUUGACACUUGGCCACAUGUCUCGAGUUGCAGAAGAUGAUGUGGAUAACAGUACUGCAGUGUAUCUUCCUCACCAUGCAGUGGUGAGAGAUGAUAAGGAAACCACUAAAGUGCGAGGGGUUUUCAGUGCAUCUAGUAAGGGUAUGUAUGAUGUUUCGCUAAAUGACGAUCUUAUGGUUGGACCGAAAAUCCAGCAAGAUUUAAGACAUAUUUUAAUGAGGUGGCGAACUCAUCGAAUUAGUAUUGCUGCUGAUUUAGUUAAGGUGUAUAGACAAGUAUUAAUUAAUUCUGCCCAAACUAAUUUUCAGCGGAUUUUAUGGAGGCCACAUCCAGACAUGCCUGUGGAACAUUAUAAGUUACUUACACUAACUUUUGGAACAGCUUGUGCUCCGUACCUAGCUGUUAAGUCUUUACAACGAUUGGCAGAUGAAGAGAAGAGGAAGUUUCCAGUGGCAGCGUCUAUUACAAAUACUGAUUUUUACGUUGAUGAUCUGUAUGGAUGGACGGAUUCAACAAUAGUUUUGGCGUGGCUUAAAGGUGGACCAAGUAAAUGGAUAACUUUCGUUAGUAAUCGUGUCUCAGAAAUACUUUCUAUUAUGGAAUACUCUCAGUGGGGUCAUGUUUCAUCUGAAGCAAACCCAGCUGAUUGCGCGUCAAGAGGUCUGAGUCCGCUUGAGUUACUGUCUCACACUCUAUGGUGGGAAGGUCCACAAUGGUUAAGAAACACGAAUAUUCAAAUUGAAGAUUUAGAAAUUGGUGAUACAAAUGAAGAAGAAAAAAUAGUUUCAAUGAAUAUCAUAGAAAGGAAUGAAAAUUUUGAAUGGAUUAAAUUUUCUAAUUUAGUAAAAAUGUUGAGAGUAAUGUCAUAUUGUCGAAGAUUUGUAAUGAGAAAAGAAGAUCGAAAAACCUUACCUAAAUUUAUAACAGUCACAGAAAUCAAUAAAACCCUAGAAGUUUGCAUAAAGCAAGUGCAACAAUUUGCAUUUGGCGAAGAAAUAACAGUUAUAGCAAAUGGAAAAGAAGUACCUAAAAAGAGCGUGUUACGCACUCUUUGUCCCAUUUUAGACAAUAAUGGGAUUUUAAGGGUAGGCGAACGAAUAAGCAUGGCCAACAAAAGUUAUGAUGCAAGACAUCCCAUUAUUAUACCUGCUAAGUCUCACCUUACUAAUUUAUUAAUUUCGGAUGCACACGAAAAGACUUUGCAUGGCGGUCCUCAAAUCAUGCUAAACUUUCUUCGUUCAAAGUAUUGGAUUGUACGAGUUCGAGAUCAGGUUAAGAAGUAUUAUCGGAAAUGUAUUACCUGUUUAAGGUAUUCUAAAGCAGCGAGAGUACAGCUUAUGGGCCAACUUCCUGAUGCACGACUUAAGCCGAGUAAACCAUUUUUAGCAACUGGCGUUGAUUAUGCAGGUCCAUAUCAUAUAAAAUUUUCUCCAGGACGAGGAGCUAAGACCUACAAGAGUUAUAUUUGUCUCUUCGUAUGUAUGGUAACACGAGCUAUACAAUAUACAUAUUGAAUUAGUCACAUCUGAAUUAACAACGUGGCAUUUAAUUCCACCUCAAGCACCAAAUUUUGGAGGCAUUUGGGAAGCCGGAGUGCGAUCUGUUAAAACACAUUUGAACAAGGCAAUAGGUGAUAAUUUAAUGACAUAUGAAU